AGGGGUCUGGCGUGUGUGCCGAUGUUGCCGUUUGUUGUUUGCACGUUCUGCAAGCUGUACUGUAAACGAUUCGAACAAUGUGAUCGGAGGGCCUUCGUUUUUUAGGCUUCCUUUGGAAAUGCUUUGACUUAUCCGAGGAGAUUGGCUGGAAAUGUGGGGGGAUGAAGACAUUUCUACGUUUGUGAUUGGGAAACACUUGUACACACAUAGCUCCCGUUCCUUCGUAUUGUGAGCUCCAGUACCUCGGCGACUACACGCCGGGAUGGUCGAGCUCAUCUGAGGAAGAGUCUGGGGUUUUUGGGUCGAACAAGCAACUAUUUCUAAACAGUUUUCUCUUUCACUUCCCUGGAAAUGGUGUUGUUCUUCAUCCACUCCGUAGCACGGAACAAACCUGGAUAACGAAAGGAGUACAUACGUGACAACAUCGCUGCGUGACGACUACUUUGCUCUCGAGAUACAACUGCUGCUGGACCCAUUCCGCUCUGGGGGCUCGUGUUUGUUUUAAUGCAUCUCGGGCUUCCCGAGUCCAUGAGAGACUGCGAGUACAGCCAGAUAAACACUCGCACCUCCACCCCGAUGGAGAUCCCUUACAAGAAGAAGACCCCAAAGAAGAGGAAAUGGGAGUCCUUUCCCGGGCGGAAUAAAUUUUAUUGCAAUGGGAGGAUUAUGAUGGCCAGGCAGACGGGCGUUUUUUACCUCACCCUGGUCCUCAUCCUGGUCACAUGUGGACUCUUCUUCACGUUUGACUGUCCGUUCCUGGCUCUCCAGCUGAGCCCAGCCAUCCCGGUGGUAGGCGGCGCGCUGUUUCUGUUUGUGCUGGGGACCCUGCUGAGGACCAGCUUCAGCGACCCGGGGGUGCUGCCCAGGGCCACGGCCGACGAGACCGCUGACCUGGAGCAACAGAUAGACGGGGCGAACGGCAGCACCAGCUACCGACCGCCCCCCAGGACCAGAGAGGUGGUCAUCAACGGGCAGACGGUGAAGCUCAAGUACUGCUUCACCUGCAAGAUCUUCCGGCCGCCGCGGACCUCUCACUGCAGCCUCUGUGACAACUGUGUGGAGCGCUUUGACCAUCACUGUCCUUGGGUGGGGAACUGCGUGGGAAGAAGGAACUACCGUUUCUUCUACAUGUUCAUCCUCUCCCUCUCCUUCCUCACCAUCUUCAUAUUCGCCUUCGUCAUCACACACGUCAUCAUACGGUCUCAUCGGACUGGGUUCCUCAACGCACUCAAAGACAGUCCUGCCAGUGUGCUGGAGGUGGUGGUUUGUUUCUUCUCCGUCUGGUCCAUAGUGGGCCUCUCAGGCUUUCACACCUAUCUGAUCAGCUCCAACCAGACCACAAACGAAGACAUAAAAGGCUCGUGGUCUUCUAAAAGAGGAAAGGACAACUAUAACCCUUACAGCCAUGGCAAUAUAUUCACCAACUGCUGCGUAGCGCUCUGUGGACCCCUGCCACCCAGUCUCAUUGAUAGGCGAGGCUUCUUCCAAUCAGACACACCACAGCUGGCGCCGCCAACCAAUGGCAUUGCAAUGUAUGGAGCCACCCAAUCCCAGCAGAGCCAUAUGUGUGACCAAGACCAGUGCAUUCAGAGCACCAAAUUCGUUUUGCAGGCGGCAGCCAGCCCCCUCCUCCAGCAGAGCGUGGAGCCCAUCAUCCCGGCCUCCUGCCCCGACGACGGUGGCUCCCUGCCCGGCCGCACCUCCCUCACCCCGGGGGAGCCCUUCAGCUCGCUGCCCCUGGUCGGGCAGCCCACGCCGCCCACCUCCAACCCCAACCUCAGCUGCCACGAGCCCGCCGACAUGCUGCCCGUCCACGGCCACGGACACCCCCACGGCCACGGACACCCGCUCCAGCAGCAGGACCCGGGGCUCCACCACCACCACCACCACCACCACCACUUCCUCACCCCGGAGGAGGUGCCCUCGCCCCCGGGGAUCCUGCCCUGCGGCAGCCCCAUGGGCCAUGCCCACGGCAUGCCGGCAAGCUUCUACAACCCCGCCAGUCAGGACUCCCUACACGAGGACUCUGUCCGGGGACUGGUUAAACUCAGCUCUGUGUGAGGACAGCGCGAUCUCCUCCCAUCCGCACCCAUCCAAACAUCCGUCCGUGUCCCCCAUAAGCGCUGCUGCUCUUUCACUUCCUUCCUGCCCCCCCCCUCCUCCCCCGACAGACUCUGUGUCAGAUUCGGCGCGGCCUUUUCCCCCCAGCCCGACCUCUCGGGGCUUAAGGGGAACCUGAACUCUCAAAAGAAGGGUUUUAAUUCAGCUGCCAGGAACCAAACUGAAUUAAAAUGAAACCAAGCCAAAACAGUUCUGAGCUGUGAGCGCCCCCACCCAAAGUCCCCCAGCCAGGGGGAGCUUUUCCUGUCCUGGACUAAUUGCCAUUUUUUGACGAUGCCAACCGACAGGACACUCUGUUGUCCGU